AGCGCGGGGCGUGCGGGGUCCCAUGGAGCCCACGGAGAAGCAGCAUCUGGUGGACGCCAGGCCGGGAGCCCGGUCUUACACGGGAUCUCUAUGGCAGGAGGGGACUGGCUGGAUCCCUCUGCCCCCAUCUGGCCUGGACUUGCAGGCCAUUGAGCUAGUCACUGAGAGGAAUCAUUACUGUCAUGCCCAGAAGGGUCCUGGUAAUCACUUCGACCCCAAGAAGGAGCGGGCCCGGCGACAGCUUUAUGUGGCCUCUGCCAUCUGCUUGGUGUUCAUGAUUGGGGAAGUCAUUGGUGGGUACCUAGCUCACAGCUUGGCGGUCAUGACCGAUGCAGCCCACCUGCUCACUGACUUUGCCAGCAUGCUGGUCAGCCUCUUUUCUCUCUGGAUGUCCUCCCGACCAGCCACCAAGACGAUGAACUUCGGCUGGCAGCGAGCUGAGAUCCUGGGAGCCCUGCUCUCUGUACUGUCCAUCUGGGUCGUGACUGGAGUGCUGGUGUUCCUGGCAGUGGAGAGGCUAAUCUCUGGGGACUAUGAGAUCAAAGGGGGGACCAUGCUGAUCACGUCGGGCUGCGCUGUGGCAGUGAAUAUCAUAAUGGGGUUGACUCUUCACCCGUCUGGCCACUGGCACAGCCACGACCCCAGCCAGCAGCAGGAGAACCCCAGUGUCCGAGCUGCCUUUAUCCACGUGAUUGGAGACUUUCUGCAGAGCAUAGGCAUCUUGGUGGCAGCCUAUAUUUUAUACUUCAAGCCAGAGUACAAGUACGUAGAUCCCAUCUGCACCUUCCUCUUCUCCAUCCUGGUCUUGGGGACAACCUUGACCAUUCUGAGAGAUGUGAUCCUGGUGCUGAUGGAAGGGACCCCCAAGGGUGUGGACUUCACGGCUGUCCGGGACCUGCUGCUGUCAGUGGAAGGGGUGGAAGCCUUACACAGCCUGCACAUUUGGGCCCUGACCGUGGCCCAGCCUGUGCUGUCUGUCCACAUCGCCAUCGCUCAGAAUGCAGAUGGCCAGGCUGUGCUGAAGGCAGCCAGCACCCGCUUGCAGGGCAAGUUCCACUUCCACACCGUGACCAUCCAGAUCGAAGACUACUCGGAGGACAUGAAGGACUGUCAGGCGUGCCAAGGCCCUUCGGACUGACUGCCUGGCCAGGUGCCAGCGGAGGCAUGGACAGGACUUGCAGCCGGUGGGGCUGAGUGUUCCCCAGGCCCAGCUGGGACUUGGGCUCCCCUGGCUGUGUUAUAAAGCGGGUCCCUCUCCUGA